UUAGAGCCGGGGAGGCGAGAGAAUGUGCUGAUGUGUGCGUGGAUGUGUGGAGCCAUGUGACAGGAAGGCAGCAGCACAUGGGCGAUGGUGUUUCUCUCAAGGAGACAAGGAACUGUCACAAUCUGCACCUUAAGCACUCUCUCUCUCUCUGUCUCUCUCUCUCCCUCUCUCUGUGUUAGAGGAGAGCAGUCAAAAUGAUGAGUUUUGAAAGCGGGAUGCCGCUGUAAAAUAACACUGUAGCCUCUGUUACCCGUCUCUCCCACUGAUUUCCCGUCCUUUCCCAAGUCAAGCUCAUGUUCACACAUCAGAGCCUCUAUACCUCCCUCCCUGCCUUCUGUCUCCUUUGCUUUUUUUUUUUUUUUUUGUGUGUUGUUUUCCCUCCCACCCCCUCUCCCUCCCGCUCUCUCUCUCUCUCUUGCUCGCUCAUGAAUGUCACCUCUACUGAUGGUGGCUGCUGGAAUUCACGCACGCACACACACACACACACACACCCCUCGCCGCCGCUCGCCGACUUUGGACGGGUGGGGGAGGGAGAGGGGGAGGGAGUUCAGCGAGGACUGUGGGAAAGGAGCGUGCCAUCCGAGGCAGAAGAGGAGUCUCUGUCUGACUGUGUCCAUGUCUCCGCUGCGCUCCCGGCUCCAUUCCCACAGAGAUCAUCGAUGGCCCGCCUGCUGCUCUGCCCCUGGAUUUAAGUUGGCUGGAUUACCGCUCGGACCCUCGGCUCAUUAUUUAACGCUGCCACAUUUAAAUGGGAGGCAAAGUUGGACCUCCGUGGACUGCGCUGACGGACAGUGUGAUUUCUCUGGCGCCUUUACGAGCUUCCUAGCAUCCAAAAUGAUCCCACUUUUGUUCAGUAAAAGUGUUUUUAUAUGUAAGAUAAACUGAGCUCUUUUCGAUGCAUGCCAUCUAUUUAAAGUAGGUUAGGUAAUCUGCAAUAGAAUAUUUUAAACUUGGCGACUGAGGCGCUGUUGGAGGAGAAGGAUGAGCGGGGAAGAGGGCUAGAAAUAUCUUCCCCUUCUGCUUUUUCACCGGUCCGAACCUUUUCCUAUUUUCAAAAAUGUGACUGUAGCGGUGCUUCGCGAGCGCUCUGAUUUCCAAUUCUGUGCUUCGCGGUGGACUGCAGGUGAACUUGGAUCCCUUCUAGUUCCUCCCUCUCCAAGGGAACCCUCCGACUAAACUCUUCGCUGUUAACCCAAUUAGACGUCCGAUCUCCCCUGUGGGGGCUUCUCUGAAACAUACGUCCUACUCUACUUUCCUGAGGAAGGCGGAAACCGAGCCAGCAAAGGGGGCGCGUGGAAGGAAUACACCCCCCUCCCAAAGGUGAGAGGGGGGGAAGAUGGCAGCGCUCGCCAGCUCACUUAUUAGACAGAAACGGGCAGUCAAGGACGACCAAACCAACCGACCGGUAGCCAACAAGCGCAAGCCCUGUCCUAAGAGCAACAAGUCCCUGUGCCAGAAACAGAUCCUGGUACUGAUCUCCAAAGUACGACUAUGUGGGGGUCGAAAGGGUCGAAAUGACAAAAGACCAGAGCCGCAGCUGAAGGGCAUCGUCACUCGGCUGUACAGCCAACAUGGGUUCUACCUGCAGAUGCAGCCGGACGGCGCCUUGGACAGCACGAGGGAGGAGAACAGCUCCUUUUCACAGUUCAACUUGAUUCCAGUGGGGCUGCGGAUUGUGGCCAUCCAGGGGGCAAAGACGGGCUUAUAUCUUGCCAUGAACAGCGAAGGAUACCUCUAUACCUCGGAGCACUUCACGCCAGAGUGCAGGUUCAAGGAGAGCGUCUUUGAGAACUACUACGUCACGUACUCAUCCAUGCUCUAUCGCCAGACCCAGUCUGGGCGCUCCUGGUAUAUCGGUAUCAAUCGGGACGGCCAGGUCAUGAAGGGCAACCGGGUAAAGAAGACCAAAGGAGCCGCACACUUUCUGCCUAAAGUUAUAGAGGUUGCAAUGUACAAGGAGCCAUCGCUACACGAGCUCGCCAGCGAACCAGUGAGUCCUCCUCGGAAGACGGUGAAAACUUCAGAUUCGCCGUCACUAAAAAAUGGACGGAAAGAAGCUCCCAAGGCCGACGCCUCGUAGCACAGGAGGCGGAGGUUGGGAUCAAAGGGCAUCAGACACACUGGGAGCGCAGUUUCUCAUUAUGCACUGAGGGUAGCUAAGGGAGCGGCCAUCGCUGGCCACCACAUUCCAGAAGUGCACUACAAGAUGCUGAGGGGCAACGGGGUCAGCGUCCAUCAGCAACCAAGGCCUGAGAGAGAAAGUCCAGGGCCGAGCCAGAACUGCAACCCCCACCCCACCACUGUUUGUCUCCGUCUAUGCCCCCUGUGAUUUCCCACUGCGCAGUCUCCCUCGUUUCUCAUAAUCAAUCCUAUUGACAAUUUCCAUUUUUUACCACAUGCCUGCCCAUGACUGCUGUAAUGUGCUUUAUAUUCACCACGCACACAUAAUCAACACUGACUCAGCAUCAUAGUCCUCACCCACGAGUCCCCUCAUGAGCCCUAAGGUUGGUGACCGCGUGGCUGCUGACCAGCUAAGUUAAGAAACCAAGGUCAACUAAGGCUCGAGUAAAAGUGAAACAGCUGAGAUGGGAAAAGAUAAGUGCGGGAGCCUGGGUCAGGUCAGGUCAGCAGUAAAGGAUGAGCACAGGAGAAACUGUGUGGGGAGAGAGAAGCGAGAGCAUAACCUCAAGACUAAUAGCAGUCACUUUGCCUUUUUUGUUAUUUAUAUGAGUCAAAAUCUUUUGAUAUUAACUGUAAUUUAGUACUGUCAAUGUGGAAAAAGAAAUGGGAAGGUUUAUGUAAAGUCAAUCAUAAUAACAAUAUUAACAAAACAGAAGAAAUUAUCAUGAUAAUCACAAAUCAGCUCAAAUGAGGCAAAGUCACAAUAAACAAAACAGCUCUUCCUGGGAAGAACAGCCAUAAAAUAGAUCUUAAACUACUAGAAGUCUCAAGAAAAUUUCUAAUAUAAAGGUUGAACUGAGGGAGCAAUAUUUACACCAAGGAGCAAGAACAGAACUGUGAGUGUGUGACUGAAUGGGAGAGAGUCCUGCCUGUUCUCCGCCAGGUGACCACUCGCUAUUGCACUAGUUCAUUAAAGGCCGCGAACGAAUAAAUCCACGACGUUUUAAAUACAGGAAGCAUCGAAACUCAGUCACUUGAAAGUGGCACUGUGGAGAGCACUUCAGUCAGCAUCUGCUGUCAGCGUAAAGACGAAGCAAACAUCAAAGCCAGAGGAGCCUCUGAGCUGGAGCACUUGUUAUUCUGAGGAUGUCUGGCAGCUUAUCCACUCGCUAGCUUUAUCAAAUCACCUUGAAAAAAAAAAUCGCCCUGAAAAAUGUACUUUUUGAGCAACGGUCUUCGUGUUUAUUGUUUAAAGAGGUGAUGCUGCAGGUAAACUCUACAACGUGCGGUAUGUAUGUAACUGGAUGACACUGAACAACAUUCAGAGGAAUUUGAAAACACUAAAAGUUUCAUUAAUAAUCUACCAGCUGAUGUUUUAAGUUGCUCUGGGUUUUUCAGUCGAGGAGAAUUGUUAGAAAAAUAUGCCACGACUCGUCAGAAUUCGAGGGCUCUGAGCAGGAGCUGUCGCGUUAUUUCGGUGCCGUCUGUAUUUGGGCUCUGUCCACCGAGGGUGAAGGAUGUCACCGCAACGGUAUCGCCAACAAAGGCCGACAGCGGCGAGCCCCCUGCUGUGUCAGGAGGACGCGUGGAAGGCGACAUGUAGAAGUGCUCAUUACAGCUGCUGGAAAUCAAGAUGAGGGAACAGCAUGUGAUAUUAAUGGCGACGUAAUGUGACGGUGGGGAACAGGAUGUGAAACAGAGGCUUUCGGGACGGUGCCGUGUGGAGGGUGACAGCAAGUCUGACACCGCGCGCUGAAUCGUAAAGGAGGUCAGGCGCACAGAGGUGCUGUUUGGGAAGAGUGAGGGAUUAGCAGGUGUAUUCUUGAGGAAUGUUGAUAAGACGUUUCUGCAUCAAAGUGAGCAGAAUUCUUGGCUGGGUUUUCUGCGGCAUGUGGAUAUGAUAAUGAAUGUAAGACAAAGGGGCAUGGAAGGCUCUGUGCGCUAUUUAUGACAGGGGUCUGUGGAGGAAAUCAGUUGGAGAGCUUUGCAUUUUUUUCCCCAUGAAGUCAUUUGAUUUCCGGAGCUUUUCCGGGGGAAUGUCAUUCACUUCAAUUUAGGAUUUUUUGUCCUUGUGCUGUCAAAUCUCGAAGCUAUUCCUAUUUGGUAAAGCCUUGAUAACCAGUGUGUGUACAGGAGGUACUAAUGUUAUUUCCUGAACUUUUUUUUGCAUCUACAGUGUGUUUUAUCAAUAUCUCAGUUCAUAUUUUGAAGUCUGUUCUAUAAAAUGGAAACAGCUGAAAGACAACGAGGAAAUGUUAGAUAACGUAAGCAUUAAUUGAGCCACACAAUUGAUCCUGAUCUUCAGAAACAAAGAUGCAACGUUUACUGGUUUUAAUUGUGUCUGAACUAUGUCAUAAAAUGGUAAAAACAAAAAUAGUCUAUAGAUUAUCACACGGAACAUGACCCAAAUGCAUCCGUAGAGGUUCUUUUCACAGAAAAAAACGUUUGCCUUUUAGUGUUAAGAAUGUCACUGGAAGUUGUGUGAUGGUGAAAUUUCAGGUAGACAGAUAGGUACAGAAGUCGUUUGGUAGCUUAGUGUAAAAGUAAAGUAGUUAGCGGGUAGUUUAAGGAAAGUCUUUCAGAUGCACGUCAGGUAAAAGAGUGGGAGGAGAGCUAAGAGAGAUAUACAGUACGAGGACUGAAGACAGCAGGAAGCAGCUAUUCACUGUGAAUAGAAGAUGGCCAUUGGAGGUCGUUGGAGGAGAAUAUAGACAGGCCAGAACAGACAUCAAGAGAUGAGCUUUUUGAAUAACUGUAGGAAGUCGUGGAUGGAUAUAGGCUCCGUAAACACAGAGCAGAGAGUGGCGUUUACCCAGCGGUGGGUAAAGAAACAUCCCUCAAGUCUGCCGCAGACAGGAACCCAUGUGUUUCCCCUAUAGUCACAUGGUUGUGGUGAUUUGUUCCUGUAAACUAAACAAAAAACAGUUGAACAACACCAGACGCGCUGCUCUCAUUUCCAGGGGCCUGACAAAUCAAUUUAUACCAUUUAAUACUAGACACUCUGGUCUUUAAGAUACAGAUGCAUUCACGUUACAGUUCACUCACUAUUACAAAAGACCACCACAAACAACCAGGGUAUUCCCCUCUGACAACAGAGUUUAUUGAACAUGUUUUUCUGUGAAGGAUCUUAAUAUUUACAUGACUUUAUUUCAGCAGUUUAUCACUGUCAGAAACAGUUUCCUGCAUCAUCACAGAUACUGUUACGCCUGAACUAUGCAGACUGUCAGGUUAUGAAAGAGAAACUGUGUGUAUGAUGGCUCCCUCUAAUGGAUGCAGCGUGGGUGAAUAGAAGUAUAUGUAUGUAUGUGUGUUAUGCAUUAUUAAGGAUUAUUUUAUAACUCUAAAUUGAGUUUAUUACUGUGGUGAGGUCUCCUGAAAUAUCCUAAUUUUCACUGUGCCCUCGUUAUUUACCUGGUUGGUUGAUUUCCUUCGGUUUUUGGUAUAAGAGAAAAGAUUUAUCCAUUGACUUGGUUUAGUGAAGCAUCAGGUCCUUACGCAAAGGGGAGAUGAUCACUCAGUGUGUAAGUAAAUAAGGGGUGAGGGAGCCGCCUUUAGACUUUUAUUUUGAAGCCUAUUUCUUCUGUUUAAUUGAGUGGAUUGCCUGAAUUCAAAUGUUUUCAUUUCUCUCUCUAUUCAACACGCCAACAUCAGACCUGUCUGUAUCACCCAAAUGAGCAAACCUCCCCUUUACAUGUAAACAGUAUCCAAUGUACCAUAUCAGGUGUAUUUUUUAAAAUGUACUUAGUGUUUUAUUGUCGUUCACUUUCUUUUUUCGUCCCUCCUUUUUCAAACCAAACCUCCUCUGUAUUUAGUGUGUGUUCGCCUCAUUUUCACACUAGUAUGUGAUGUUAUUUUUACCGAAACUGAAUCCCGCUGUGUGACUAAGAUGUGUGUGAAGAAUGGACCAUUUUCCAGCAGGUAAAUAGCCUCUAAGCAAUCAUGUGUCCAGGCAUAAUCAUCAGUGACCUUGAUGGUCUCAAGCAUUAUUACAAGUCUUCCAGAAAGUUCCCAAAGCCUCCUACUCCUAUAGACUGGUUUCUUUCAAGCCAAUUCUUCUUGUCUUCCAAAAAAAAACGGAUAUAAAAUAAUGAAAAAGAAAAAAAGCCAUAAAUAAUACUGGGCCUUGGCACAGAUGAGCCGCAGAGAGAAGGCCUGAAUCCUUGAUUGUUACUAGAGAAUUAGCCAUGUGUUGGACUCGUCAUGAUCAGAGCCAACGGAAGUGGCAGGAACGUUUUCGACCGAGCGGCAAAGCAGGAAAAGGAGACCAGCAUUAUGCAAUGACAGCUACCAGCCUGCACUGGAGAAGGACAAACACAUCCGACAGGCUAGCAAGCGACAAAGGCAAACAGCGGUCUAUGGUAACGGACUGUUUAGACCCACAUGGGAAUUUCUUUUGCCAAGCAUGCAUACGUCACCGUUCUUAUUGCUCUUGUUAGGGAUGAGCCCCUCUCAGUAUCAGACACAAGCCUGCCAAGCACCCUCUCCCCAUGUUUGCCACCAGACCUGUGUACAUUUCUACAAUUACUCCUAUAAGAAUUGAAAGGAGAUGUCUUAUUCUGGAAUAUUAUUCAAUAAAAUAACAUAUAUUUGUAUGAUUGUAA